UAAAACUUGACUUUUAAUUUAUGGCUGAUGCAAUAUUAUUUGAAAACAACAUGAAAAAAUAGAAAUCACUUUUUCUUAAAAUAAGACACCUAAUUUAAUAUGAUUGAAUAUAAAAGUCAAGAAAAAUGCCUCAAGUAGGCUGUGUUGUAUUGUAUUUAAUGAACAUAACAAUAUUUGAUCAAAAAGUUGAUCAAAUUUGAUUGUGACACAUAACUGUUAAACACCAAAUCCUAAAAAAUAGACAUACAAAGCCAACUGACUAAUUACAAUUAGUAUGUAGCUUGUCUAAUAAGUUAUAAGUUGGAAAUUGAAAACAAAAAAAUGUUAAAGGUCACUAAAAAGCCUCGCCUUAAGUGUCCAAUAUGUAGAAAACUGAUUUCAACUCUAUCAAAUAUGAAGCCUCAUAUAUACUUACACACCGGCGAGCGUCCCUUUAGAUGUUUAACUUGUGAGAAAAUAUUUAUUAAUCUACAUCAUGUUAAGACUCAUUUGUUAAUUCAUUCUGAUAAGCGUCCUUAUAAGUGUACUAUAUGUGGAAAAUCCUUCACAAGCAGUGGCAGUAUGAAGAAACAUACAUUAGUACACACUGGAGAGAGACCUCAUAAGUGUACUAUAUGUGGAAAAUCCUUCACAAGAAGUGGCAGCAUGAAGAAUCAUACAUUAGUACACACCGGAGAGAGACCUCAUAAGUGCACUAUAUGUGGAAAAUCCUUCACAACCAGUGACUAUAUGAAGAAACAUACAUUAGUGCACACUGGAGAGAUACCUCAUAAGUGUACUAUAUGUGGAAAAUUCUUUACAACCAGUAGCAAAAUGAAGAAUCAUACAUUAGUACACACCGGAGAGAGACCUCAUGAGUGCACUAUAUGUGGAAAAUCCUUCCAAACCAGUGUCGUUUUGAAGAGACAUACAUUAGUACACACCGGAGAGAGACCUCAUAAGUGCACUAUAUGUGGAAAAUCCUUCCAAACCAGUGGCAAUAUGAAGAAACAUACAUUAGUGCACACCGGAGAGAGACCUCAUAAGUGUACUAUAUGUGGAAAAUACUUCCAAACCAGUAGCGAUAUGAAGAAACAUACAUUAGUGCACACCGGAGAGAGACCUCAUAAGUGCACUAUAUGUGGAAAAUCCUUCCAAACCAGUAGCGGUAUGAAGAAACAUACAUUAGUACACACCGGAGAGAGACCUCAUAAGUGUACUAUAUGUGGAAAAUCCUUCCAAACCAGUGGCGAUAUGAAGAAACAUACAUUAGUGCACACCGAAGAGAGACCUCAUAAGUGUACUAUAUGUGGAAAAUCCUUCAAAACCAGUGGCCAUAUGAAGAAACAUAGAUUUGUACACACCGGAGAGAGACCUCAUAAGUGCACUAUAUGCGGAAAAUCCUUCCAAACCAGUAGCGAUAUGAAGAGACAUACAUUAAUUCACAUAGGAGCAAUACAUGUGGAAAAUCAUUUGCAACCAAAAAUAUUUGUGAAGAAACAUACAUCAAUUCACACCCAAGAUUUUAAGCAGGGGGAGUUUCGAUGAUGAAAAACAUUUAAAAAACGCACAGUAAAGCAUAUAUGUCAUCUACAGAGCUGAAAGUUAUGUCAUAUUGUUCAUAAAUUAUGGCUGUAAGUGCCUGAGGAGCCUUGUUGCGGGUUACAAGCGAACUACGGAUGCAUACGCAUAAACAGUCCUUACUUAAAAAACAGCCCUUGUAAUAGGCUACCAUGUCAGAUAUUCCUUGUUUACUUUUAGAAAAAAUAUCAGGCAAGUCCACUUUGAUUCACGUAGGUUUGAAUCAUUUUCUUAAAUUCUUCCAUUACACGUCCCAAUAUGUCACGGCCACCAAACAAUUUUUUUCUGCCACAUUCAGGUUAAUGGCAUCCUUUAAGAUCCAUCAGAGUUCGGGCAUAGAUGAAACCCUUAGUAGAUUCUCCGCCGGAUAGGGCUCGGUAUGUUCGAGCUGCUUGUACGGCGAAGUUGCUGGCCCACGUAGUUCUGUACGGUCAGGCUAGGAGCGCUAGAGGUCUCGCCGUACAACCACAAAGUCAAAGUCAAAGUCAUCUUUAUUGUCACAAAACGUUUUUUUUAUGCUCUGGCACAGCCAGACAAAACAGGUGACAUUGUCAAACUAUACUAAAAUAAACUAGCUUAUAUUGGUAAAAAUAAAUUCAUAGUAGGUAACAAAAUAGGGAUGGACGAGAUUGGAUUUUUAGUUCGAGACGAGACGAGACGAGAUUUUUUUAUUUCUCAUAAAAUUUCGAGACGAGAUCGAGACGGGAUUUCCCUUCUCAUACACAACGGGAAAUGCACGUUCAAAAUUUUUACCUGAUUUUGUAACAUUGUUAGAUAACUGUUUAAAUACAAAAAUAAUGAUAAUAGGCAAGAAUAUUUACAAUAUUUUAUUAAAAAACA